CCGAAGUCGCCUCCUCGCUCGGCCUCUCGGCCGAGACCUGCGAGAGCGACGAGUUUCUGCAGUUUUUCGCGGGCAAGGUCCCGGAAGCGGUCCCGUGUUGGGCAACCUCGUACGGCGCCAGCUUCGCGGGGCGGUACGGCGGGCAGCGGGGCGACGGGCGUGCCAUCUCCGUCGGCCAGGUCAACGGGCUCGAGGUGCAGCUCAAGGGUGCGGGCACCACGCCCUUCAGCCGCCGCUUCGACGGGCGGGCCGUGCUCCGCUCCUCGGUGCGAGAGUUUCUCGCGAGCGAGGCGAUGCACCACCUCGGCGUCCCGACGACGCGCGCCCUCGCGGUCGUGGCGAGCGGCGACACGGUCCAGCGGGCGUGGUACGACUCGCAAGGCAGGGAGCGGGUGGGGCUCGAGCCGGGGGCGGUGGGUGCGAGGGUGGCGCCCUCCUUCCUCCGCUUCGGCCAGUUUGAGCUCUUUUACCAGCGGGACGAGCCCGCCCUCCUCCGCGCCCUCGCGGUGCACGCUCUCGGCCGCGACUUUGCACACCUGCGGCUGCAGGAGCCGGAGGCGCCGCUGUCGCGGCUGCUCGUCCUCCUGUUUCGCGAGGUGUGCGAGCGGCAGGCGCGCCUCGUGGCAGAGUGGCUGCGCGUCGGCUACUGUCAGGGCAACAUGAACUCGGACAACUCGGCCCUCUGCGGCGUGACGCUCGACUACGGCCCCUUCGGCUUCCUCGAGCGGUUCGACCCGAUGCACUGCCCUUGGGUGGGCGGAGGGGCGGAGUACUCCUUCGGGCGGCAGCCUCAGGCGGCGGCCAUCAACCUCUCCAUCCUCUCCGAGGCGUGGGCAGACCUCCUGCGCGCCGUCGCCACGGAGGAGGGGCUCACGCGCGCUGAGGCGGACGAGGCCGUGCAGCAGACGCGCGAGGGCGCGAGAUUAGCCGAGAAGAGUAGCGGCGCACCGCGCAAGCUCGGCCUCGUCUCCUGGGACGACGACGCCGCCGAGCUGUGGACGUCGCUCUUCGGGCUGAUGGCGACCCGCUCCGGGCCGCAGGGCAUCGACUUCACCGUCUUCUUCCGCUCGCUCGGCGACCUCACGAACGACCUCCCGGACGGCGGCGACGGGCUCGCGGCGGCGCGGGCGGCGGCGAUCGGCGGCGCUGCCGAGUGGCCGCAGGAGCACCUCGAGGCGUGGCGCGAGUGGGCGGCGCGGUACUGGGGUAGGGUGGGCGCCGAGGCGCGGCCGGACGGGGAGCGGCGGCGCGAGAUGGCGGCGGCGAACCCAAAGUACAUUCUGCGCAACUGGAUGCUGGCCGAGGCGUACGAGGCGGCCGAGCGCGGCGACAGCUCCGCGGUCCACGCGCUGCACGCGCUGCUGCGCAGCCCGUACGAGGAGCAGCCCUCCGCCGACCCGCGCUACGCGCAGCCGACGCCCGACUGGGCGCGCGGCAGGCCCGGGCUCGCCUUCAUGAGCUGAUCCUCGUAGGCGCGGGAAGCGGCCAAUCGGCCCGCCCCGCGCCGACGACGCGCACCCCUCACCUCUCUCCGCAACGCGCUCGACGGCCCGAGAUGACGCGGGCGGGCUCAAAAUCGCUGCACCGGCGAACCCCGCACCGCUGAGAAGAGCCGUCGAACAGAGACGCGUUGGGGAGAGGGGAGUGAAUAGAGGGUAUCUCCGGUUCUCGAAUGAUCCCUCUUACCUC